AUGGAUUGGCUUCGUGGGCGAGGAUUUUGGGGCUCGCCGCCGGGAAACACCUCCGAUGGAUCUCAGGCUCCGGCCAAUCGUCCACCUGGUUUUCUAUCCUUUACCAAAAGAAAAAGUAGAGCCAUGAUCGCAUUUGGAAUGACUGGAAGCGUUGCGGUUCUAGUAUAGUCUAGAUCCGACCUGAAAUUUAUCAGAUCGCUUCGAGGCUUUCUUAUCAAGAAUUUAACUUCGAAAAUUCGAGAUUUUUGAAACAUGAUUCUUUGUACACGGUGCGAUUUGGUCUCCUUUUUGAAAUACAGCGAAAUAAAAGAUACUGUAAACGCAGCUUCUUCUGCGUUCUUCAAAAAAGCGGGUUUCAAAGCGAAUUUUGCCGCGAAGUUCAUACGGUACUUUCUCGAUUUCAAGUUGACGCGUGACCAAUAAGUUUCUAUGCGCGAGUAGGUUUGGUUCAGACGCUUUUCAAAAGGAUGUUUUCGCAGCGGUUAUCCUUUGAGCCAUUCCAACUGCGACCAUGAUAUUCAAAUGGAAAAGAUAAGGGCUACGAAAAGUUCAAGAAAAAAAGGAAUAUAAGAAAGUUUUGCGACAAAUGAAGGUCAAAAUUUGAGUUAAACAAUUGAAAAAUGAGCCAAGAUGUUUGAGAAUGUUUGCUCAUUCGAAAAUGCAUUGAAUGUUCAAUGAAUUUGCGCUCCAUCGAAAUUGAGUUCAUUUUCUAGUUUUUUUUUCUUGUUUUCUUCUCAUUCAUCAAGAAAUUGAAGUUCUCAUUUUUUUAAAUGAUUAUGAUUAACUUUCCAGGCGCUGAAGAUUCGAACGAACGACGUCAACUGUUGAGGAACUCCUCGGUACGAAAUUAUAUUGUAGAAAAAGCUUCAAAAAUCUAUAAUUUACCUAAAUGAAACAUCUGAAAAUCUGCUUCACCAGUUAUGGCAUGGACCUCAGCUUUCAACCCUCGCUUUCAGUAGAUCAUAGUUUUUCUCAAGUCUCAAGUAAUCCCUCAAGAGGGCAGCUGAGUGAUCACGCAUGUAUAAUUGGAAAGAAUAGUUAGAUAUUCCGCGAGAACUUAUAACCGGCGAUAGAUCUUAUUUCACAUCUUCCCUUGAUUGACCACUUGGAGCAAUUUGAGGGAUUUUUGUGAGCAUAACACGUAAAGAAUAUAAACUUACAUUAUUUGAAGAAUUCUUAAUAGGCAACUUCGACGAGCCUUGAGUAGCCACUCAAGUUAUUUUUCUUUUGAGUUGGUCGAGUCCGCAUCAGAAUUUAUAUGAAACUAAUUUCAAGUGACCUCUUGAGGAACAACAAACUAUCAUAUCGCUUUGCUUAAAUGACCCCUUCAGGUUUAUUUCAAAGUAUUUAAGAUUUUUAUUUUCAUCAAAUCUUCCUCAGAAGAAAAUUUAGAAAAGCUUCUUUUUGUAAAAAGUCUUGAUUUACCACUUGGAACAUCCGAACCUGCACCUUGAGUGUUUCGUUCAACUAUCUUGGCGCUCUCAAGUGGCCUCUCUAGGUUUCACAAUAAUUAUCCAGACGUUUUCUCGUACCUGAUGACUAAUCGAAAUGUAACUUUUUGUUGAACGGUCCAUACUUCACUUUGUUUUUUUUUCUUGCUCUCAUCACAACGGCACAACGACCAAAUGAUGAUAACCCGUCGUCGUCGCCGUCAAUUGUUUGCGGGAAAGUACCCGUUUUGUGUAACUUCAGACACAAUUGUGGUGUGUUGACUGGCCGCCAAUCAACCAAUAGCUUUUCUGUACGCGUUUUUGAGUUUUGCGGCGCUUCUUUUGGGCUUUUUCUUCUAAUUUUAUGUGUACAACAAAUGGAAUUUAGAAAAUGUAGGUGAAAUGAGCUUUUAAAGCGAUUUUUUGUUAUUUUCCUAAGUCCGAAAGAAAAGAUCGUUUUUCUUGUUUGUAAGGUUUUUGGGAUUAAUUUUAUAUGGAUUAGCAAAUCAAGCUUCAAAAGGUGCAGGAAAAAUGAGUCUCCACAAAUUUUACUAUAUUAAUGCCGUAACGAAACAAUCACUAUUUUUCUUCUAGUUUCAGGAAUAAGAUUACAUCAAUCAUCUGAAAUAAAAGUAAACUGAGCCUCUCUAUGAAAGUUUGUUCCAUUUUAUUGAAUCCGCAUCGAAAAAUCGAUUUUUAAAUUUUCUUUUGGGCUCUUCCAAAAACUUAGAAUAAACUUUUUUGUCACAGAUUUUUCAUUUCUUUUGCAUCAGCUAUGAAACAAAGCUAUAAAAUCUAGAAAACACAAGAGAGAUUUCAAAGUUUUAAUGUGACUAUAAAUUUUGAAGUUUCAACAUUUUGAAAAAAGAAAAAGCGCAAUUUUAUGAUUGCUACAGUAUUCUCAACAAUUUCUUUCCGUUCAAAUACUUUCCUAUUGACCUCAAAAAUGAUUAUUCGGCAGAGUUUUCGUCUCGAAUUCAUUUUAUUAUCAACAAGACCUUGUGAUAAUGGCUCGCCUUUUUUGGUUAUCAUCUUUGAGGUCGAUUCCCUUUUUCAACGAAAAUUUGUCUGUUUCGAGCUCAUUAUAGUGAUAACUUUUGGGGUACGUGGCGAAGUACGAAAUAUUUUAAUCUGACAGUUUUAUUGCCGUGCCUGUCAAUUUUUUGCCCUACUGUUCUUUUAUCAAUGGAGCACUUUCUCGAUUUUCAAAAACGCUGUGAAUUGAAGUUUUGAACCAGUUUUUUGUUUGCAAAAAAUCUUUUUAAAGUUUUGAAAAGUUAAAAAAAUUUUUGUUUUUAAUUGUCUACAGUCUAUUCAAAAAAUUCUUAAUAAACACGCCUCCAAAGGAAUUUCGAUCAAGGUUAAUGAUUAUCGUAAAAUUUCCUAACAAGUCCUUAGAAUCUUAAUUUGCACUUUUUUGCAUCCAAGUAAGUUUCUGAAUCCCCAACAAUGAGAAAUUGUUGCACAAGUUGCAAAUUUUCUCUUGAAGAAUUGCCUUUUUAAGUCUUUCUUCCGCAUUUUUGCUCUUGACUUUUAGUAACCGACAAAAAAAACCAUCCAGAGAGAUUUACGUUUUGCGAAAUUUAUUUAUGUCAUUCUAGUCAAUUUUUUUCUAGUUUUGAAGAACAUUAAGAUAUAUAUAAAAAAAUAGAGCUUCCAAUUUGAGUUUAUCUAGUUAAAAAAAGUGGUUUUGUUCAGUCUAUUUUCCAAUUUCUGACUCUCAAAAAAAUAUCCAAUUCCCACUGAAAUCGGACCAAAAACAAUCAAUGGCAAAAAAUCUGUCCUCAAAAUUGAUUUUGACUGGACAGCAUCUAAUUUCGCUCAUUCCGAUGUGAAAAAAACAACCCAAAAAUAUAUAUAUACGGGCCAUAGGCCACUGAGCUUCAUUGGAAUAUUUUGCUCCAAAAAAAUAUCCACCUUUUUCGAAAAAAAUUUUUUAACUGAAAAUUUUGAGAUUUUGUUGGAAAUCGUCGUAGACGUAGUUUCUAGCAUCCUAAUUCUAAUGUUGAAGAAAAAUUUCCAUGAAUUUUAUCUUUUAUAUGGAGUUGAGGAGUUCUACAAACGUUGAAAAACUUUUUUUCCCUUACAGCAACGAACUUGAGUUAAAAACUCGGAGAUAAAUGUCUUCAAAAAAAUUUUUUUCUGUGUGAAAAAUCAGGGUGUUCGGUUAAAUUUUAUGAUUAAAAAAAUUUUUUGCACUGCCCUUAUUAGUAUAAAAGAGAGUUUACCUACUUUUCAUCGACACAGUUUACUCUUUUUUUUUGCCGCGCUCAAUCUCUUUUCAACAACUUUUUCCCCGCACUAACAAUAGAGCUGUGUUGGUUCAAAAAUGAAAGGUUUUUCCCCCGUUUUGUAGGCAACAAGAGUGUUUUAGUUGGUUUUUGCAUUAGAAGGCGAUGAUUUUUGUAGUUUUCGAGGCCUUUCGGUUUUCUAGUUAUUCGCAGGUUGUCGGUGUGAGAAGUUUAAUAGGAUUUUUUUAAAUUUUAAUCUUCAAACUUAUUAUUUUUGCAAGAGUAGACGAUCAUUAUGUUUCACGAGUAAUUCCAUUUCCAUAAGCCCUACCUCCAGCUUUCAAAAAGGAUGCUGUAGAAUGGAAAAAAUUCCAAAUUUAAGGAGCAAUAAUUAUUUUUGAAACGUUUCAGCCUGUUUUUGAGCCCUGUAUAGGAACCAGCGUGAACAUUUCAUUUAGAGAUCCUAAUCUCAUAUUUUCUCCUUCAAAAGUCUCUGUGUGGAGUCAGACCAUUCUCUGGUCAGUACCAAAAAGUUAACUUCAAUAUUUGAUGAUACUCUUUGCUUCCCAUUAUUUGAAAAUCUAUGAAACCGUCUGAAAGGGUUCAAAACGUUGCGGUCGCAGUUAUAUUUCACCCUCUACUGAAAUUUCGACCGAGCCAUUUAGGCGGUUUCAUGGCGUUCCAAAUCGUGCCGAGCAGAGUACAUUUAUUAUGAAUUUCUGUGUAUUAUGAACCGUACAAAGUUGCGCAUCAAUCAAUUGGAAGCUUUUUCGGACUGUCAGAUGGAUGUGUCCUCGCCGGUGUUCUUUAUCAGGGCAGCCAUUCCAUUUCGCCGUUCUCUAAUCGCGGUGAUUAGCCCCCGUCGGCGUGGCACCCGUUCUUUUCGCUCUGCGACUGGCAGUUGCUUUUUUUUUCCUACCGUCACAUGAUCCUUUUUUCAUCUCUCUUUUCAUCAAGAUUCAUUAUGGUCGGCGGCUUUUGAACACGCGAAUCCUACGGUAUCAUUUCGACCCCGAAAAAAAAGCAAAUGGACUUUGAUGUACCUCACCCGAUUUGACUUCAAGCAUUAGCAAAAGUAGGAAAAGCCUGGCAUCACCUGAAAUAUCACUGAAUUUCUUUUUAAACGACAUAUAGGAAGUUGGCAAAACGUAUAGUUACCCGGACAUUUCUUAUCUUGCAAUAAAGAAUAAGAAUGAAUGGAAAACACGUAAGGAAGCCUCCAGACUUUUGCAAUUAAAAAAAAGUUUCAAUUGGAAAUAAAAAUUUUAGGGGAGCCAAAUUUCGGAGCUAUCUCUUUAUUCAGACAUUAGCACUUGAGCUAAAUCGUAAAAUUCUUUUUUUCGUCUUCAAGCAUUAGCACCAUAGGAUAAACUCGUAAAGGCUCUGAACAGAAAUUCCAUCAUUUAUGUUAGUUUAUGCGGCUCUUGACUCCUUCUCUCCUUUGCCGUCUCAAAGAGUUUUAAAAGUCUUUAGUUUUUCGAUGUAUAAAGUCCAACCUAGAAGAAAUAUUUAGGUGAUAUUUUGGGCCAUGAAAGGCUUUUGCUUUUAUAGGUGUGAAUUUUUUUUGAAGAAAAAUGUAAUGAAGAUCGGAAAAGCCGUCGAAAGUUGACACUUUAGUGAGCCUCGUGCCGACGCGCUUCUUCCUCGUUGGGUCGCUGUUGUUUGUAGGCUGUCCCCUCCCGUUUUUCCCCUUCUUUUUUCUUCUUUCUUUCCUCUUUUUCACCCGCUGUGUUUUGUUUUCCAACCGACCAUGGCUCAAGGUAACUUCUUCUUCUUCUCCUUUGUCGCCUUGGCUUGUACAACUUUAUAUUGGAAUGUUCUCCGAAGUUGGCAGGCAACAGAGACGUGGCAAUCAUCUUAUCGCUUUUUUUGCCAGCUGCUGCUGCCUUUUUCUGAAUGUUCCGCUUUUUUCGAUCAGUUUGAUCGUGUGGACUGUUUUUGAGAAAUAAAACUUUUGAUUAAAAAUCAAAACCCAUUUUCAUUGUUUGCUCAAUUAAACUCUGGAAAUCUCCAAAAAUCUCCAUUUGAGGAUCCCAGCUCGUGCUUGAGUUUCUCUUUUUAUUCGGAUGGAUUUGCGAUUUCAGAAUAUAGAUAUAAUCGAAUCGACAUUAUCAGAAAAACAUUUUUAAAAGUUCUAUCCCAAAAUAAGAACGGAUAUCAGCUGAGAAGAAAACAUUUUGAGCUUUCUGGACUUCAGUUCCGCUGAAGAUUCAAGUUGGAUGAAUUUGAGAUUAGGCUUGGCGAUUUCCUGGUUCUUUUGCGUGUGAGAAUCGCUUCCGCGUAAGUUACGCAUGCAAUUGGAGAUCUGGUUCGUUGGAAACUUCCAGGAGCCAUAUAGACUGGAAAUAUGGUUCACCGAAACUUCUUGGUUGCGCCGAAACUUUUUACCAAGCUCCUUCCUGCGUCUUUGAACACCUCAGCGAAGUAUACUCCAUUUGCCGCCAUCUUGAGACAAACAAGCUUCAAUUUUUCUAAACCCUCUUUUUGCCUCAAGACAGCGGUGAAUGAACUAUAGUCAGCAAUCCUCAUGAUUUGACCUUCACUCCUCACAAGUGUCAACCACUAGAGGAAAGCGAAAGCUUCCCGCCAGACUUGCCUUUUGCCGACGUCUCUUCCCUUCGUUCCAUUCAGUCUUUUUCAAUUCUUUUUUGUUCAUUAUGAGCCGCCACCUGUGCUGCUCUCGGUUUCAUUUUGUUGGGCGCCGACGGAGUCCAGUUUUCGACCGACACGGAAGGAACGUGUGAACGGCAGCAUGACGGAUGACGUCAUCGGCGGGCACGGUUGUCCUGCUGCUUCGCACGCCGCGAAAUGAACGCGUGCGGCACGCGUUCAUUUCAGCCACCAAGGCCGGCGAAGCCGUUUUUCAUCUUUCAACUUCGAAAUUCGAAACUUGAACUUUCAACGCUUCAAACUUGACUGUUAUGGACUUAUUGAGGUCUAUGCCUUAGAUGCCGUUUUUUUUUCUAAUUAUAGAUUUUUAAGUUCAAAUUUGAGUUUUUAAGCUUGACUGUUCAUUUGACUCACAAAGACUUGCAGAAAGACUGCACAAAGCCGUUUUCGAAAAUGAGGUUCUUAACCAUUCAAACUCGUUGAGGUCUUGUGGGGACUUUUUUGUUCUGACCUCAGAACUCAAAAAAUGAACUUUCAUCUUUUCUUAUUCUUUCUUUGAAACCAAUUUUAGUCUAUUUUUGCAAAUUUAAGGUUAUCUUAUCAGCACGUCAGGCUUUCAAAUGGUUUGAAUGACCUUUAUCAUGAAAAUUAGCUCGAUUAGUGAAAAAGCUUUUGAGAUUAGUACUUUUCUGGUAGUUUUGUUCCAAAGUACGAAGUAACUGGUUGAACUUUGCGUCAUUCUUUUCUUGGUUCAAGUUUGGCUAGAAAAUAUCAUUUGCUGUUGAUAAGGGCAGUUUUCCUUUUUAGUUUCUAGAUCCUUUCUUUUAUAUACUGUUUUUGAAUGUAAGCAUGUUUUCCGAAAUUAACUUUUUUUUUCAAAGUAAUCUUCUCAAAGAUGGAGAUUUUUUCGAAGCAAAUUUUUUUAUGAAACUGAGUGGCCCGUAUAUAUAUUUUUUUUUUUGGGUUGUUUUUUUCACAUCGGAAUGAGCGAAAUUAGAUGCUGUCCAGUCAAAAUCAAUUUUGAGGACAGAUUUUUCGCCAUUGAUUGUUUUUGGUCCGAUUUCAGUGGGAAUCGAAUAAUUUUCGAGAUUCAGAAAUUGGAAAAUGGACUAAACAAAAUCUCUUUCCAACUAGUUAAGCUCAAAUUGAAAGAUCUAGUUUAUAUAAUUCUUUUUUCUUCUAACGAUGCUCUUCAAAACUUGAAAAUGUCGAAUAGAAUUAUUCAAAGUUCCAGAAACAUAGGAAUCCCUAGAUAUUUUGUUCUCUAAAGGAAAAUAGAAAAGCACGUGAACUUUCAAUUUUUGAGAGGUUUGAAAAUGGGCUCAUUCAUCGUAUUUUCUCUGCAAAAUCCUUCUUUCUUUGAUACAUGGAUCAAUUUUUUUUUCCUUUUUGCAACAAAGGGAGCUUUCAUCUGAGCUUACGACAUCGGAUAAGCUGCCAUUGAUCUCCUUUCAAGAAUAUCAAAGUUUCUUGCAAGAUCCGGAAAGUCUAGAUUUUAUCUCAAUUUUUCUGCUUAUUUCAAAAAUAUUCAACUUUCACUUUCUCCAUAACCUCAUUGAAUGAGAGGCAAAAACGGUUGCGCAAAUAAUUGGCUAUUAAUAUUCACGGAAUGAACAGAGGCAUUUAUUUCCGUGGGGCGCAGGUGUGCAAAUCGAAGCGAUUUUUCGACGGCUGUAAUUUGUAUGUGUGUUUGCACAAACAAAUUCUGAAAAAGGCGAAGAGUUCGUUGACUUUUUGGCAUUUUUAUCUCUUCUCUCGUCUCGCCCCAUUCCAGAUAGUUUGCACGGCAGUUGCAGCCUUUUUGCAUGUGACCUGAAGAUGCAGGCUUUUGCAACAGUUUUUCGAUUCAAGUUCCUUUCAUUCAGCCCUAAACUUCUAGGUUUUUGUUUGAUAUUGAGAAAGAAACAAUUCGUAUGAAAGUUAUCAAAAUAAGAAGAUCAGACCCAAGUUUAGUCAUUAUUCUUUUUAUAAAUAUGUAGCUUUUUGAAAUUUCUUCUUACAGUCCCAACCAGAAAAUAGUCUCAAACCAGAUUGAGACCUCUGAACGAGACAAACCAUACCAGAUGUGGUUCAGAGUCUGUUCUCAAUACUGCAAAGGAGGACUGUGAGAAAAAAAAUUAUGAGAGUUCAAUUUUGAAAAGUUGGCCUUUUCGAUUGAGCAAAGUAAGAUAGUGCUGGCCCCUCUGUAGUUUCAAGAAAGUUUUAUCCGAUUUUUAAGAGGAAAAACUUCAAAUUUCGAACCUGCCGGCUUUUUGAAAUGUAUCAUCGAAUUUGAAACAAUGAAAUUUAUUCAGUUAUUUUAAGAUUGGUCUUUCAUCACUGAAAAUUGGCUGACGUCACAAAAUCGUUCGGUUUUUGCCGACACAACCAAACAAAGUUGUUGUUUUUGUCACUCCGAUCAACGCUUCAUUUUUUCGAAUCAUUUUGUAAAUAUUUGCGAUUUUAUUUAGUGGCUGUAGUCUUGCCAAAUUUUCUCUGUAGAACUAACUAUUUUUGGACUUUUUUAUCAAUGCUAUCUAUUCUUGCACUUUCGUUUUGAAUACAGGGAGGUCGCGCCCCUUCCUUAACAAUUCCUAUUUUGGAUCCUUUUGAAUUGAGGGUGCUAUUUUAGGUGGAAAAAACCGCUUUUUAUUGAGUUUAAUUCGACUCUCAACACGGUGGUCGCACUGGGAAUGGAUCAAAAUCGAGUCGUUCCAAGGGCGACUGAAAAUCUAUUCUUUCACCGACUUCUAUUUGUAAAAUCAGUUUUUUUGUUACAUUUUUCACGGCUCCAGAAAUCAUGUCCGCAUGGCGUAUGGCUCCUAGCUUUAACCGACCGUGAAACGGCUUUCGCGCCGGCGUUAGAGUUAUCUGUUUGAAGUAUACUAGAAGAUAUGGUUUAAAAAGAUUUCUGAUCUGAAAAUUCGCAUUGCAGCUUGAGCCAUUCUGAGUGGGGCUAGGGUGAUUUUUGAAAUCCUUUCUACGUUUUUCUCACUGGUAAAGCAGCUUUCGAGAUUUUUUAUAUCUAAUUGAAGAUUUUGAACACUUUUUCGCAAUCUUUGAACUUUUCUUCUGCCCGAUUGCAAUACUUUUCCUCACAAUAAUAUUUUUCACUAUUAAUCUGGAGUGUUUUUAGAGUAAUCGAAGAUUUUUUCAGGCCGGUAUUGGAGCAAUGGGCGCCAAACAAUCGCAGGAGAACCAGGGAUGUCAAGGUAUAACUUUAUUCUUUUGAAAAAAUUUAGUGAGAGAUUUCGCGGAUAGCUCACUGUCGUGUUGAUAAUGGUUGAAGAGAACUUUAGUAAAGAAAAAAAGGUCAAAUUUCAAUCAAUUGUGUGGAAAAAAACAGUUUCAGUUCUGUGUGAAAAAAUGACGGUUGUUGCAAAAAAAAAAACAGGUGUCAAAAAAGAGCCGCGAUAAUUUUAUUUUACUUUUCGGGAUCAUUGUUUUCCUAACACACAUUUCCAAAAAAGAAAUGUACCUCUUGGCUUGCGGGGAAAAAAAAGCAGCACCAAUUAUUUUCAUCUAUGGAUAAUUAGCACUCUGGGAGCACCUGGAAAAAGCGAAUUAUUCAUUAUCUAGGUUGCUUUUUUCUUCAGAAUAAAUAUUCGCGUCGAAAAUGGCUUCUGCGCUCAAUUGAGAAUUGUUUCUGCUGGCAAUCGAACGGCUUCUCUCACAACACGAUUUUUGAAACUUGUAAACGUCAACUGAAGUCCUUCUGACCUCAGACGUAGUUUCAAGAAACCCUAUCGAGCGUAGUUGCCCUUCUCAUUCGGGAGAAAGUUUUCCGGUUGAUUGAUUCCCUGUGGAAAACGGCUGAUUACCGUGAAAGGAAAGCUAAUAGGUUUACAGCCCGAAUUUUCUUUUGGUUUACGGUUGGUGCAUGGGAAAAUUGGGAGAGAAGAAGUUGAACCGAAAACUGGAGGAAGACUUGGACGAGGUCUUUUCAGAAUUUAGUGCUCAUGAAUGGGGUAAUAGUUUACCACAUAUGAACAAAAAUGAGAGUUUUCAAAAAUUAUCGAAGUUUGACGGAGUUUCAAUUUGUUUUUUUUUCGUGAUUCGGGGGACUUUUGGACUAAAAAAGGCCAUUUAUUUUCUUCUGGAAGUUGCUUUUGAAAGCAUCAGUGUGCCUCUAAAAAGUCUUUUUCAAAUUUUAAUUUUUUUCGGGACCUUGCACCUUUGAGCUGAAUAUUUGAACUUUUUCUUGGAUUUCGAAAUUUUUAAAGUCGUUCUAAUCUCUCGAUAACCGCAGACCCUUGAAAAGAGAUUUUCCUCGAACAUUCAAGUUUUCUCGAGCUCAUCCACAGUUUUUUGUUUUUUUUUCUUCAAUCACGGACCGUGAACGUGUAUGCCUACGAUUCUUCUCGAGAGAGAAGUUCUUGUUUAAUCGUUCCAUGGCGUCGCUGGUGUCGGUUGCAGCAGCCAACGAGUAAACAAUUCCGAGGCGAGGCAAAAGGUUGCAAGCGAAAUUAAAACGAGGAAACCGUCGGUCGGAAGGACGGUCGCGCGGAAGACAAUGCGCUUUGUGUUGUGCUGUGUGUUGCACACCAGUCGCUCUUUCCGCCCAACACACACAUUUUGCCCCCCUCUUUUAAUGUGCCGAAACGAGUAAAUUAUGACUGACAAGAAAUUUAAAUCUUCCACGAAAAUUUUUUUUUUUGGAAAAAAGGGCCGCGCUAGACUGGUGCUUUUGCGCUCUAUUGAUAAUGGUUUAAUUUCCCUGAAUAGCACGUGUUAGAAAAGAAAAUGAUUUGAGAAGUUAUCAGUGGAGCGCAAGAUCUCGAUCUGAAGCAUAUUUUUCCGCGGCUGUUUCUUCGCGCCAUCGUUUAUCCCUGGGUAAUUCUCUGCCUUCGGUUGGCGGCUUUAUCUCAAUCGUUUCUUUAUUCCCUUUUUUAUUUGACUUCCCGUUUUUGCGAGACAUUUCCCGUCGUCGUCGGCGGGGCUUCCUCGACGUCUUCAUCAUCAUCAUCAUCACAAAACGCCUUUAUCUGGCCCCCGUCAUCAAAGCCGCUUUUCGUCGAGUGUUGCUGUGGCAAUUUUAG